UAUAAUCAACCUACUUUACAACUACUUUUUGUUCACUGUUUGAAUUGGAAUUAGAAAUGCUUCUGAUCCGCCACUGAUCGGCGGCCCGCUAGGUUUUCCGUUGAGCCUGCGGCGGGCGGCAUGGGGCCCCGCGUUGAGUCAGACGACAACGGACCGGCCUGCCAGACCUCCGAUCCGCGAAGCGCCAACGGUGGUGGUUUAUUGUUUCGCGAAGAGCGCUCCUGUACUAACGCGCCUACCGCAACUUCGUGCUUCGAGCGCUUACUUUUGCCAGACACAUUCAUACCUGUAUUCGACAUGGCUGUGUUCACACUUCAUCUCGCGAUCGUCGCGCUAUGUGUGGUUUUCGUAAAUUGCCAGGAUGCAACAACCCUUGCCCCGCAGACAUCCCCUCAAGAGGCAGCCGAUGCUCCAGCGGCAGCUGAUGCUGAAGCAGCAGCAGAUGCCCCAGCGCCAGAAACCUCCCCUCAACCAGAGCCUACUAACCGUUCGGUUCCAAAAGAUGUAGUUGUGCCAGAACAGGUGAGUUUUUCCUCUUCAAGGUCUAUCGCUUUUUCAAGUACGUUGUUAAAUUCUAAGUAA